AUGCUGGGCCACCCGCACGGCACGGUGCAUGGGUGGUGGGUCGGUAGGGCCAAGCUGCGCGUCGACGAGGGGAACAAGUUGGACAAGACGACCAAAGGGCAGGGACGUAAGGAAAGCUUUCCAUUUACCUCUGCCCUUUUGACGUACAUGAAAGACGGACGCCGCGACGAGGAAUUUCUUACUACAUCAGGAAUGAUUGCUUUUAUUCAAGAGAACUACCCUGACUGGAUAGAGGCCUACGCGGAGAACAAGAAGUCUGACGAGAGUUGCAGACGGGCCCUUGAACGUCUACUGCAGCGAACCGCCGACCGUUACGGAUUCUCAACUCAAACAGCCCAAGAAACCAAGCUCCCAAGUGUGGAUCUGCAGCGCUUAAAAACGGAUUUUGCAAUUGAAUUUUGGAGUAAGUACGGCUCAUACUCUCUACCGGAAGUCUACAGCAUGAAUGAAACGGCCAUCCAGUUCGACAUGCCGCCAGCAAGAACCUGGGCAAUUAAAGGGCGACAAGGAUCAGCUAAAAUCCAAAAUCUGACAAAACACUGCGGACGCAUGACGGCUGUCUUGACAGUUCGCGCUGAUGAGGAGGGUAUGCGUGUGGUUGCCGAACAGGCAUGCGCUACAGUGGUCCCAUUACCCGCUAAAGCUACAUCGCUUGGGAAAGUUCUCCCAACGAACCCGUAA